AUGACUGAUGAAGAAAUCUAUGCAACAAUUAAGCCAAAACGCAAGCCAAGUGCACGUGAUCGACAAAAAGGGAUAAGUCCCUCAGUGACAUCAUUAUUUGGGUCAUUUAGUGAAGGAGAAAAGUUUCGCAAAGAGGCUGAAGCAUCCAAAAAUGAAGCUAGUGAGGCAAAGAAGGAAGCAAACGAGGUUAAGGAGAAGAACGAAGCUCUAAGUAAUACAGUGAGAGGCCUCGAAAAGAAAUCUAGACUUAUGGAACGCACCCUAGAAGCCUUCAUGAAUUUGGCUGGAUACAACAUGUCCGAUCUCAAUAUGGAUGCGUGGACCGAUGAAGAGGAUGAGGAAGAGCUAAUUCAAAAGUAUUUCCCGGAGGGUAUCGACAUUUAUUUCGAGAACGUUGGAGGGAAGAUGCUUGAGGCUGUUUUAUCAAACAUGAGAAACAAUGGUCGAAUCCCAGUUUGUGGAAUGAUAUCACAGUACAAUCUUGUACAGCCGGAGGGCGUUCAUAAUUUGUUCAAUAUUACCACAAAGCGCAUUAGUAUGGAAGGAUGUAUUGUGGGUGAUUACUAUCAUCUUUACCCUAAAUACCUGGAAAUGAUUCUACCACACAACAGGGAGGAUAAGAUUUCUUAUGUUGAAGAUGUUGCUGAAGGUUUAGAGAGCGCUCCCUCAGCCUAG